GCCAUUUUGGCUCAAGCCUCCUAUCGACCCAGAGCGCACUGAGCGUGGCUGCCGGGAGGGCGCCUGCGCCCCUCGGGCGUGCCCCCCGGCAUGGGCUGCAGCGCUUCGGGUGCCGGUCGGGUGCGGGAGGUGACGGGCGCCCAGCACACCCGGGAGACGACGGACGCAAAGCACGUUCGUCAGAGUUGUUGGGUGCAGUAUGGCGGAGAAUCGCUGGAGCCGCUUUUGGAGCAUACCUCGCUGGUUGACGCAGAGUUUCUUGUGGACCUUGCCGACAAAGGCGGCAUCGUGCCUCGUUGGCAGGAACUCCCUGAGGUGGCAAAAAUCGGCCCAGCCAACGUCUGGCAAUUGCGCUGUUGUGCAUUUCACUAUUUUCUGCCUGUCGUCGUUCUCAGCUACCCAUGGCUCGAUCGAUCUCAUCCGGACCGCCUUGGUUCGACUUUGCAACGCAUCGCACCCAUACUUCGUCGAAUGUUAAAAGAUGUUAAGCAAAGGUCAAGAGAUGCGACCAUCGGCGUCUUGUGGGACUUUAUGUCAUUGCCGCAAUUCCCGCGCUCUGACGAUUUCGAGAAGCAGCGUUUCAAGGCGGGGCUCUGUGCCAUCAACCAGUGGUAUGCUCACCCGUACACCCAUGUACUCCUUGCCACCUACCCUGUGCCAGUUGACGACGGCAAGUAUGAAAACACGCGGCCCUACGAAAACCGCGGUUGGUGCAAGUUCGAGCGCACCAUAAGUGGUCUUACGAAAUAUUCAACUUGUACAGAGGAGUUGGGCAUGGAAGUGCGAACUAUAGCUAUGGAAGGCCAAAGCAUAGCUAUGCCAGCUAAGCCGCAUCGUGGGCCGCCAAUCUCGCCCGAUGUGUUCUCCGAUCAGGUGCGAAUUGGCGUGCGGGAAGGGACCAUUGCAUUCACAGCAGGAGCCGACGAGGAUUUCGUCAUUGAGCAAUACCGCAAAGGCUUCGUUCAUGCUUACGAGAACCAUACACGCAUUCAAUUCAACGGCGGCUGGGUCCACAUGAGUUCUCUAGACUGGGGCGAUGAGGAAGCAUUCGUGAUGGCCAAAGCGAUCGAAUACGCCGUAGAGCAUUGUUCACCUCCGGAAGAGAUUAAGAUCAAUAUCAAAGGCAACCGCUUCUCGGAGGCGGGGAUCAAGGCAUUGCAAGAGGCACAGGGCGGGCAAUUUUCUUUUGUCUUUUAGAUGGGAGUUGACAGCGGGAUGCAAUGCCAUCCGAGUCAUCACUUCUAGUUUCAAACAUGUUGCGGGCAGCAAAAUAUGAGCUGCAAGCGAAGCUAUUCACUUACAUCGGGCUGCGAUAAUGCUUCAGUGUUGCUGAUCUGGUAAUGUCAUGUCGCCGACCGCAUCUGUUAUCGUAUUGCUCUUGAUUUGGAAACGGAUACGUGUUUCAUAGUGACGGUUUCACGCAGGCCAAGGCAACACCAUCGAUCACAUAAACAA